GUCAGCAUGCCUGUCAAGACCUGUGACAUAAGGUUUGUGGUCCUAAGCAGUUACAGAGCUCGCUCAAUACUUUGAAGUUAUAAAGCAAAGCCUGGCGUUACUGGGUAGGGGCUUGACGUGUUAAAUUAGCAUAAAAGACCCAGCUGGUUGAGGAACCACUUGAGGGGGUAGCAAACAGUGCGUCACAUCCUUGGGAAAAAGAGGAGAGAUUUCAAUGGAAUCAACAUGUAAGCGCAUCUACAUUCGGUGCCAUCAACAAGAAGACAGCUGAAGAGAGAUAAAGACAUUGCGCUACAGGUGAAUAAUUUAUUCGGGUUCAUUCGGGUUCCUUGAGUCAUACAAUGACAACGUGAAGAAGGAAAAACAAGAACGUAAAUUCUGACCCGAGCAUGAGUUUUGACGGGUCAUGAUACGAUGACACAACACUGGCUGACAGCAGUCACUAAAGAGGAAAUGCACGCGCAACGAGGGACCGCAUCGGCACGCGAAGGUAAAGCAGGAAAAGUUCGCGCGCGCGUUGAAGCCUGACUAUUCAAGUGCUGGACGACUGACUUUGUUUGCAAGAAUCGCACUGUAUACAAGACUGUUAAGAGUCUCAAAUUGAGAAAAGUGUGAAACAUGGCUUCGGAGGCAUCUGGUGGCUUGGCUCAAACCGCCGCCGUUAAAUUGUCAGAGAUGGGGGAAAGAACUAAACAGUUAGGCACUGCGAUCCAGGACCCCGAACGGCAAAGGAGGAUUAUUUUAGUCAUUGUGUGCGUGGCACUUUUGCUAGACAAUAUGCUUUACAUGGUCAUCGUCCCAAUUGUGCCAGAUUACUUAGCGCGCUUAGAGAGCCAGUCGGAGAACGCUCAUGCCACGCGCAAUGCUUCGAGCAACAGGACGCACUAUCAAGUGCACAAAGAGAACUUUGAUGUGCAGAUCGGCGUGCUUUUCGCAUCCAAAGCCAUUUUGCAGCUCCUUGUAAAUCCUUUGACGGGAACAUUCAUAGACCGCGUGGGCUAUGACAUUCCACUUAUAAUUGGACUUAGUAUCAUGUUUGUCUCGACCUGCAUUUUUGCGUUUGCCGAAAACUACGCGACUCUCUUCGCAGCGCGCAGUCUCCAAGGUCUCGGUUCGGCGUUUGCGGACACUUCUGGGCUUGCCAUGAUCGCGGACAAGUUCACUGAGGAGGCGGAGAGGAGUCGAGCGCUGGGUAUCGCCCUCGCGUUCAUAUCAUUUGGCAGUCUGGCGGCACCUCCGUUUGGAGGGGUACUAUACGAGUUCGCGGGCAAACGUGUCCCGUUCAUUGUGCUCGCCUGUAUCUGUUUAGCAGAUGGUAUAUUGUGCAUGGCUGUCCUCAAGCCCUUCUCCAGCAGGACUAGAGAGAAUAUGCCGGUUGGCAGCCCAAUUUACAAACUAAUGAUUGAUCCCUAUAUAGCUGUUGUGGCAGGAGCUUUAACCACAUGUAACAUCCCACUUGCGUUCCUGGAGCCCACCAUCGCUAACUGGAUGGAGGAAACAAUGCAUUCAUCCGAGUGGGAGAUCGGGCUCACCUGGCUACCCGCCUUUUUCCCUCACAUCUUAGGUGUCUAUAUCACUGUCAAACUGGCAGCACAAUAUCCACAUUUGCAGUGGUUUUAUGGGGCACUGGGCAUGGUUAUUAUAGGUGCCAGCUCAUGUAUGGUGCCGGCUUGCAAAAACUUUGAGCAACUUAUUAUUCCCUUAUGUGGCAUUUGUUUUGGCAUUGCACUGGUAGACACAGCUUUAUUACCUACGCUUGCUUUCCUUGUGGACGUCCGUCACGUGUCUGUCUAUGGUGGUGUAUAUGCUAUUGCAGACAUCUCCUACUGUGUUGCCUAUGCGCUGGGGCCCGUUGUGGCCGGUAAAAUAGUACACGACCUAGGUUUCGUGCAACUUAAUCUAGGCAUGGGUCUAGCGAACGUCCUUUACGCACCAGCCCUGCUCCUGCUCCGCAACGUGUCCUUAAUGAAACCUUCUCACUCCGAGAGAAACAUGUUACUGGAGGAGGGAGCGACAGGUCUGUACGACACCAUCCGAAUGGAGGAACGCUUAAAAAAGAGGCACGGCUAUAGUUCAUCUGGCAACUGUGUGCCUAUCGACGAGAAUGGGACAUUUGCUGGAAAAUCAAAGUCACUGUCCGAAGAAGAGACAUCCGAACCAGAAUUCAUAUAGUCCGAGUCCUCUGUCCUAGUUCUAAUACAAUCAUCUUCAAAAAAUCUACUAAAUAUAAAUGUUUUUCAUUACUUCGUUUACGUGUUAUUUAUUGUCCCGAGGAGAUUCACAUAUACAGUUUGAAAUAAUUUACUUAAUUUACUUAAAUAAUGAAAUACAGUUUUCCCAUUACAACAAAUGUAAAAAUGAUCACUGAUGAAUAUCACUGUAUAGUAUUCCGCUGUAUUAAGUUGUAUUCAGGGAUAUAAAUAAGGUGCAUAUUAAAUAUAAAGACGCGUGUCUACGUAUUGAAUGGGCCUCCGUUAAAGUUAUUCCGUCAGUUUUUUGCUUUAACAAAUAAUAUGCAAAACGUCACCCGAAACCUUCAUAGACAAAAUGAUGGAACUGAUGAAAUGAAUCCUGCCUUUCAGUGUGUUUCAAGUAUUAAAUGUUUAGGAUGUAUUUCUGGAAUGCAUAACUGUAUAUUACGGAACAUAAUGUGUACAUAUGUGCAUAUAAAAUGUACAUAAUUAAAAAACAUAUAUGUGAAACAAAUGACGAAACCUGUCUGAUGUCAUUUCAUACAGCAUACAUUUCUUAAUUUAGCUUAAAACAAAUAUUUACUAAUAUCUAUAAUUUGUUUUAUUUAUUUCGUUUUAAAUAACUUUGAAAUUGUUUUCAUUUACAUUUUGUCUUACAAAAUAAAUUUCUGCUAAUUUUACAUUUAAAGCAGACCGGUUCUUGUCAU